ACCAGGAGGAGCAUCAGCAGCGGAACGACCCUUUGUGCUUCACCCAUAAACGCGCCACCUUCUGCGAGGAAUCACCAUCAAACACCCAGGGGAAAACGCUACGUGAAGCACAAUGGGACCGUUCCAAGAAUAUGAGGAAAAGAAGUCACCAGAGAAAGGAAGCCCUCGCAGUCGUAUCCCACGCUUGGUCCUGCAUCCCUUCCGACCAAAGGACAAAGGAUCACCUUUGUCCGAUUCACCUUUUUCAGAGGAGGAGGGAAAGGAGUGUGACAUGAGCUCAGACCACUCCAAGAGAACCAUCAGCACCAACAGCUUUUGCUCUGAUGACACCGGCUGCCCCACUAGUCAGUCUGUGUCCCCCUCCAAAACCCCGUCAGGCUCAGAGCAGAGUGCCCACGGCUCGCCGACACUCCCGGAGCGGAAGACCAAAGUGAAGAGGGUGAGGGUGAUGGCCGAGUGGAGCGGUGAACCACGGAGCGUGCAGAGGCACAAGAGGGAGCUGAGGUCGGCCAUGAAAGCCAGAGGUAGUGAGGCCGACUUCAGCUCUUCCAGCAGCACAGGCAGCCUAAAGACCAGGGAAAGCCUAAUUUCUAAUUCAGCUGGAAAGAGAGCGCCUUCACGAAGUCGCAGCACCCACAUCAGACCUCUGCCAGUGUUCAAACCAGCCGGGAGCCCGACAGCCAACCGCGAUGCAGAGCUCUACGCUCCCUACAGGACUCCUCCGAGAGCUGCCUCCUCAACCAACAGCAGCAGCUGCAACUCCAGCCCCACCUCCAGAAGAGCAAACCUAGGCCGCUACCACUCCUGUGGAGACAACCACGGCAUCAGACCCCCGAACCCCGAGCAGUACCUCACCCCUCUGCAACAGAAAGAAGUGGCCAUCAGACACCUGAAGAUCAAACUGAUGGAGUCUGAGAACAGAGUCCAUGACAGAGAGACAGAGAUUGAAGAGCUCAAGGCCCAACUGUGCAGAAUGAGGGAAGACUGGAUUGAAGAGGAGUGUCACCGGGUGGAGGCUCAGCUGUCCCUAAAAGAGGCUCGCAAAGAAAUCAAACAGCUGCGUCAGGUGGUGGAGACCAUGAAGAGUAGCCUGAUGGAGAAGGAUAAGGGAAUACAGAAGUACUUCAUUGACAUCAACAUUCAAAACAGGAAGUUGGAGUCCCUGCUGCAAAGCAUGGAGCUCGCUCAGAGUGGUGCCAACCUCCAAGAUGAAAACACCUUGGACUUCAUCUGUGAUAGCCCUGACAGUGGUGGGAAGAAGAUGGUAGGGGAGGAAGAGGGUGGGAUGGAGCUGGGAGACCAAGGGGCUGAGGCAAUGGCAGACAGCGGGCUGCUGGUAAAUGAUGAGAUGGCCAACAGAGCGGACAUUUUGGAGCAGGUCUUCAUGUCCACUGCGGUUGACUUAAGUCAGGACUCUAGUGGCAAGCUGAGGGCAGAGGCAGAGUCAGGGCCUGGGGUGUCUGCACUGUCAGAAGAGGAACAGUUGAUUGAUAAAUCUACUGCAUCCACACCAGCGCUACCAAAUACAGUUUCCACCACCAUCUCCUCAAGCACACCCUCCCAGCAGACCACAGAAGAUAAAGGAAUCCAGACCGACACAAUGCCCAUGUCUCCAGACCUGCAGGCUCUGCUCCUCCAGCUGCUGAAGUUCCACGGGGCUACAGCUGCGGACACAGCUCUAUCAUCCUCCAGUGGUCUUCUUAGCCUCCCAAACCUGCCCACUUCUGCUUCCACCACUGCCACUUUCCCUGACUCCGCACCUCCCCCACCCAGAAUGCCCAGCCCUGUUCACCCAGAGAGCCCCGACACCUCCACUGAUUCCGGCAUGUGCAGCUCGGAGCCUGCACAGAGCCGACGGUUCAUGGAGGAGCUGGACUUUGGUGUCGCUGAUGAGGAAAUUUGUCUGUCACCUGGACUGGAUGUGGUUGGCAAACGGUACUGGAGCAACAGCUUCCUGGUGGAUCUGGUGGCAGUAGCAGCCCCUGUGUUACCCACGGUGGCCUGGCUGUACUCGCGACACGGUGUGGAUGGGAGCUAUCCAGUGUACAACAUUGCUGCUCUUAUCAGGGGCUGUUGCAUCAUGGGAUUGCAGUCUCUUCGUCACGUCACUCACAGGCCGGAUGCGUAAUAGCUUCCAACCUGCAUGCACACACCUAACCUUGAACUAAAAGCACUUAAGCAUCUUUUCGAGAGUAUUUGUUUUUGUUUGACACCUGAUGAUAUCAAUGCAGUUAUUUUGGUUCCAACACUGUUACUUUGCACUGUACAGUUGCCAUGAGUUGAAGCAAAAUGGUGACAUGAAAGGGAUUAUUUAUAAUGGGGGUUAUAUAUUUAUUUAUCAUUUACAUGUAUAAGCUGAUCAUCUGGGUAGAUGGUUGUGUUAUCAUUGUCCUGUGGUGUUCCCAGUUGUCGUUGUGUUUUUAAAAAAGAAAAAAAAAAUUCUUUAUGUUUAGGAUGAGAAAGAUUGAAUGUUAGUUUCUGACAGGUUCUCAACCGUUUUGAGUUAUUGUUCAAAAAGAAACCUUAAACCUUCAGCCAAAGCUUUAAUGUGAAUUCACUGUUAUUGUUUUGUGAAGAAGUAUUUUACUUUAUUUUUUUUCCCUCCCUCGGAGUAGAGCUUUAUUCAGUACAGCCUGUGUAUUGUUCAUAGAAAUGAGUUGACGCUUCAAAGCAACUGACACUUGUUAUGUGCCUGAGCUAUGUGCAAUACUGGUGGUUUACAUCAACUGUCCUUGUAUCUUUAUUAUUAAAGCAUGAUAAUUCUGGCCACAUG